UGUAUUUAAUGCCGGCCAGCUGUCCCCUCAUGAUAUGCUUCUCCUGGAGGCCGUAGAUGUCCUGAAUGCGGGCUAUCCCAUUGCACGCAUCCUGCAGAUCCAACUGCGUGGGGAGUUGGCUGAAGCGCUCUAGCAACGCCCUGACUCGUCGCAUCGCUCGGCGAGUGAGGGACAUGAGUGGCCUCCAGUUGGAGGGAUCGGGGCGGAUGCAGGUCAUCAACUACGGCAUCGGGCACCAACAUCCGGAAGUGAUGGGCAAUCGCCUGGCCACAGUCCUGUUCUAUCUCACGGACGUGGAGCAGGGCGGCGCCACCAUGUUCAAUAAGGCCGAGCACAAGGUGCUGCCCCGUCGGGGCACCGCACUCUUCUGGUACGACCUUCACACGGACGGGGAGGGCGAUUGGUCCACCACGCAUGCCGCCUGCCCUAUCAUCGUGGGCUCCAAAUGGGUGUUGACCCAAUGGAUACGCGAACGUAACCAGAUCUUCAUCAGGCCAUGCCUGGGCCGCACCUCCGACUAGGAUUAGCCCUCAUUCAACUCGCAUUUGGCACACAGACAUGGGUACACGGAUAUAACAGGGACACGGAUACUGCGGAGCAGUGCUCCACCUUUUGAGAUGGGGAGCAAUGUGCUUUUAUGAGUAUGUCUAUCAGUCUCUGCACUUAUCGGAUUUUAAAAACUUUUGAUAAUGAACUCUUGCCCACCGCCAUGCGACGUGUCAGUGGCAGCCAUCAGACCUUUGGCACCCAUCGCCCAUCCCCUAACCCCAGCACCUACGCUGGCUCUGCAGUUUUGUUUAGUGCUCAGUCUCCCGAAAGCACCUUUUCGAGGGGAGGACCACAUCACGUGUAUAUGUAUCCGUGAUCCUUUGCUUAGUGCAUAUAAAUAGUAAAUCUCAAGGAAUUGGCCGGACCCAAGGAUUGCCCAGGCCAAAGGCUACAGCUCGCGUGACAGUAAUCGUGUCUCGAGCUGCGCACGGAAUCGGGGAGCCGUGUGCAGGAGCCGGCGUGGAGUUCGCGAUGUCAGCCGGUCAGGCGCCUGGAGUGGACAGCCGUCGUCGAACUCACACUCGCUCAUAUCAACCGGAAGACCAGAAGAGUGAAGACCCUGGUAAACGAUGGUGUCCCCGGGAACGCAAGAGGUAUUCCUGGCCAACGCAGGGGGCGACCUACUAAAAUGAAAGGAAAGGUUAAAUAAGGUAAAUGAAUAACUAAUGACUAAUUAACUUUACCUGUUGCGGUAUGAGGAGCGGAUCGCGGCAUGGCAGUUUGUGGCCAGAGAGGUUCCUGGCCAAUAGAGCUGGAGGGUAUACAAAAUAAAGAAGAAGAGCCUGGAAAAAAAGCCAAUGGAAGAGAUGAAUAGGUGAGAAACCUAUUCGCGGUACGGGAAGUCGAUGUCGGUAAUGUAUGCACCUGCGAAGCACUUACUUAUAUUAUACCAGCUGCUGGCGCGAUGCACGCGAUCGUGGAUGCAGUAUCGAUCCCUGAGUCUGACUCUUACUUUUGGAAGACAUUUUGAAUGCAGCGAAAGCCAAAAUGAAAGAGAGAGAAUGCGUUGCAGAGGUUGUAACUUCGAAAGCAAACCAAAUUUGCAUUGUUAUCCUCUUUGCAAAGAGAAGCCAAAGGAGCAACAGGAGGAGCCACAGCCACAGCUCCAGCUCCAACAUCCUUUUUGCUCUUUUGACUCUGCUACAAAUAAGCGGGGCAUCAACUUUAAUCACCUGCUUAAUUAAAUCAGUUUCCCCUGGCGACUGGCGUCGGGUCCAGCACUGGCCUAACUGGCAUAACCCCUGUUCCUGCCAUUGUUCGCUGUAGGAUGCUCCUGUGUCCUGUGUUUUUGGUCCUGCAUAAAUUACGUGCUGCAUAAUCACCUA